AUGUUAUCUUGUUUGUUUUUGCAUGAUCGACAAUUAGCCUUGGCACAGACACCGGAAUCCGCUGCCAAAGUGCUGUUAAAGAUAACCGUGACGGCACCGGCAUCCAAAGAUUACACAUUUCACUUUAUAUCGCCCAAAGCAUUAACCGAACGAGAAGCGAUCAAGUCUCAAAUCACGGAAUUAUUAUCCCGUGCAAGAGGUCAAAGUGCAGCAGCGGCAACAGCGGCUGCCGCAGCAAGUAGCGGAAGAACAUCGACGGUAGCUACGCCCACAUCGGCCACUUCUUCACCUGCACCGUCUUCGGCUGCCACACCGAAUGCGCCUACCACCGGGCAAGGAGCAGUGUCAUCGCCUGCCGCCGCCACUCCCGCCACUUCAAGUCCUACAGCGCCUACCGCUGGCACUGGGGGCGCCCAAUCGUGGAUGCACGAAGAAUUCGCAGCGAGGCGGAAACUCCUUUCCACCAGCAGAGAGUUGCACACGUUACACAUGGAAUUGGUGGUUACAGGCAAAAACGUUUCGGAAGAAGAAUUUUGGUCCAGUCCUUAUGUUCGACGUAUUCGACAGAAACUGAAAAAGGAUGCAGUGUCACGAGAGGGACGUCAAAAGGGCAAAUCCUCAAAAAUGGUCGAAUUGAUGCCUGGACAGCAAGAAGGAUCCGAUGUUAAAUAUACCCUGACCAGUCAAAUUAUACAUAAUAUUUUUACCGAGUUUCCAUCAGAACAACAGUUUUGGAAACGGUUUCUGGCGUCUGAAUUUUUCCAUCGUUCAAGGACUGGAGGUCGUUCACAAGCCACGGCUUAUGACGAUAUAUUCGAUCGGUGUCUGCAGGAAGAGGACGAAGAAAAUUCAAAGGCGCCUCAACUUUCGCGUAUGGACAAAAUCAAGAGAACAAUCGAUUUGACCGCCACCAUGGAGGAUCAUACGGAUAGUGGUAACGCGCCCGACUUUACAAUGAAAGCCGGUCAGAAUACCCAGGUGUUACCGCUCAUUAGACGAUUCAAUCGGCACGCCAUGCCGCCUCCGGAACGGAUCGUACUGGAUAUCCAGGAUACACGGCGGUAUUUCGAAAGUCAGAGCGGUGGGCAGGAUAAUUAUAAUAUCUCAGACAAGGUACGGGGAUGA